AUGAGGACGUGGGACAACCUAUUCCGCGACCUCGUGGCCGUCCCAAAAAGAAAUCCGAGCCUGUUGAUCUUGAGGAAGAAGCUCCUGAGUCUGAACAAGAACUUGCCGAACCCCAGGAACCUGUUCCCACGCCUCGUUCCCGUGGCCGCCCGAAGAAGAAGGUACACCAUUGGUCCAAGCAAGCCCGAGGAAACCACGCCGUUCAAGCAACCCGCAACAGCUCCCCGGCCACCUGGUCGCCCCAAGAAGCCAGUGCCAGAGGCUUCUCCUGAGGAAGUUGCGAGUGGCAAGUCCCAGAAAGUCCCAGUCACGGCAGCCACGAUAACUACGACCAAAGAUGAAUUGCGCGCCGAGCUUCUUGGUCUCUCCACUGGAUUCACUGAUGGAAAGCCAUAUAGCAUCACUAGUCGCGGUCGCGGCCGUCCCAAGAAGACCCAGACCGUGGAGACAGAAGAGGUUGACUCGAACGAGCAGUUGUUUGACGAAGUCGAGCAUAUGCCAAUCAAGCGUGGCCGAGGGCGUCCCAGAAAAUCCGACACCCCCGUCAAGAGUGCCCAGGGCACAGUCAGCCGUUUGCAACCUUUCAAACACUCUGAGACUGACACUAGCUCUACCCUUACGGCUAUUGUUACUGAAGGUGUCAAGAAAAGGGGCCGUGGGCGCCCCAAGAAGAAUAGUUUUUGGUUUCUGGGGGCUGUUGAGGUGACCACGAACACUCAGGCUAAGGGAAGUGAAGCCGAUGAUGAUGCCAUCGACAGCCAAAAGAUUGCUAAAGAGGAUGCCAAAAUUCCUUUGGCUAAAUUCAUUGAGCAAGAUGAGAAUGAUUCGGACCAAGACGAGGAUUACGAACCCUCCCCUUCUCCGUACCACUCUUCAUCGCCCUCUCCAUCCCACGCUCCGCCCCAGCUACCUUCAAUGCAUACCGUUUUCAGGAAAAGAGGUAUCAGCCAAGUCAACGGGACCGUCGAGAAAACCCCCAAAAAGCGGCUUGUGCACUUUACCGUUGCCAGAAAGACUGCUGCCAGGCGCUCGGCUUCAUCACCCAACACGCGGUCCCCGGCUUCGUCAGCUAACGAGCGGUCCCCGGCUUCAUCUCCCAAAGGGCUUGUGCCUAGUUCCCCUUUACGACAACUACCAGUAAUCCACUCCUCUCUUCUCUGA